AUGUCUGAAGCAGCAGCAGCCCAACUUCCGUCUGUCUCAGAGUCCGCUGCAGGAGCAGCCAAGUCACAGCCUUUCUGCGUGCACUGCGUUUCAGGAGAUGUCCUGCCAGGAGAGAGCAAAGGCGGGGAGAGCAAGAUCGGGCCUUACAACACCUACAUUGCCUCGCCCUCUUCUACGACGAGCAGCAGCACAGUCGGCAUCAUCUUUGCCUGCGACGCCUUUGGCUUGGCGCUCAAAAACAACAAGAUACUAGCCGAUACGUUGGCCGACAAAUUGGGCUUGACAGUCUAUGUUCCAGAUUACUUUCAGGGGGAUCCGGUCAAGCCCGAAGUGAUGAACGAUGCGCCUGGGACUGCCAAGGAAGUCAAUGCGCAGAGCUUUUUCCAAAAGGCUGCUUCCGGCCUCAAGUUGGUCAGCAUGGUUCCCUGGUUCAUCAAGCACAGACCUUCGACCAAGUACAACGAUUUCAAAACUUUCGUCGAGGCUCUAAAGGAGGAGAAGAAGUUGGAGAAAUUGGGCGCGGUGGGAUAUUGCUAUGGAGGCAAGAUCGCCGCUUAUGCCAACGUCAAUGAGCUUGUUCAAGCUACUGUGCUUCUUCACCCUAGCUUGAUCAGCGUCAAUGACGACAUCAAGCCUCUCAAAGCACCGACGCUCUUCCUCUGCGCUGAGUCCGAUCCGGUCUUUCCCGAAAAAUUGCGUGAGCAAUCUCGAUCAGCCCUCGCCACGAGGGGCUCCGACGCACCCGCGCAUGACUUUGUCCUCUACGAAAACACUGUGCACGGCUUCGGCGCCAGGCCCAAGCUUAGCGAUCCGCUGGUAAAGAAAGCUUUCGAGCAGAGCGUCGACAGGACCGUCGAAUGGUUCCAAACUCACCUGCUGGCUUGA